GCUGGCACUCUUGCCUGGGUUCCCUGCCUCUGUUCCUCUGCUUGUGCUCCCUGCCUGGGCUUCCUUCCUGCUCUCCCUGCCUGUGCUGUUGCUGUCUGCAGUCAGAACCUUGCUGGGUUCAGCUGUGCUCCCUCUGCAGCAGCUGGACACUGCCCUGUGUGUGUGGCUGUGGUGCCAGAGCUGGAUCCUCAGCAGAGCCUGCUGCCAAUCGCUGCCUGGUGAUCCAGGCAGGAUCCCUGGCCUCUGCUGGAGCCCAUUGCCACUCAGCACCUGGUGAUCCAACUGGGAUCUGUGGCCUCACCUUGCAGCUGCAUGUGCUGGAAUAUGGCAUGGGCUAGCCCCACUUCUCCCAGUGAUUCCUUCCCCUUCUCCUAGGAGUCAGCCUGCCCCAAAAUACCCGUGUCCCCUUUGUUCUUGGGGUUGCUGCUGUUCUUUUGCCUACUGGCAUUAAACCCUGCCUGAGAUCUCACACUGGGGGUGUUCAACAAUCCAGAUCUUGCCCUGUGGAUUGUCCCUGUUUCAGCAAGUCCCACCUCUAAAUUAACAGAGCAAAAGAUAAUGCAGAAGUUCCCCUUCCGAGCAGCCACUGCUGUUCUGUUUAACUGGGAACUUCAAUGCAGCCAUUGUACAUUUUUUUUCUGUUUAUCAACACGUGGUGGGUAAGAAGCCCAAGUGGAGCUGGGACUGGGAUGAGAGCAGACCUCCACAGCCACUGGUCAGCAAACAGCACCAAGCUGGGACCCUCAGCCUUGCUCGCUUUCCCUCUGCAGGGAUCCAGUGCUUUGGAUCUGCAGAGCAGCUGUCAAGCACUCAUUGGUGUGGAGCAUUCCCAGAGGAUCCAUAGUUAAGGCAGAGAAGAUGGAGCCAGGUCAUGGGAGCAUAGAUAGGUAGGGAUGGAGCCAGGUCAUGACACACACACAUCAGGCAGUGCUGCCUCUUUAAAGUAGGAAGCAGGAUGGCACAGAGAUGGAGAGAUCUGUGGGCUACUCCUGGGUCCUGUCUGAUCCUUAUCAUCCCAACAUUUUUGUGUAUGAUUCAACAAAGUCCUUUGCUUGCACAACUUACUUGAUUCUCAUCUCUGUGACUCAGGUGCAAAUGAUCUACUCACAUUUGCAGUGAGAGAGUUGAGCCCUGUGGCUACAAAACUUCAAAUACAAAAGAGAUCCUCCCUUUGAUUCAACCUGGAGGACAGAGGCAGGUGUUUCACUUUUGGAGGCCCUUGCAGAGGGAAAGGGGUGAAUGAGGGUGGCAGGGGGGUAGGUGUCACACGAGCUCUGUGACCUGGCUCCCAGGCACAGAUGAGGCUGGCAUCUGCUUGCCACACAUGCAGAAGGUCUGUUAGAGUGUGAAGGGCUCCUGGAGUUCCCCUCUUCCCCCAGGAGCUCAUCAUAUCCUGCCCCCAAGGAAACUCUGGGAUCUGCUCUCCUGCGUCAGGCCUGGGGCAGCCAGGGCAGGCUGGGAGGGAGGUGUUCUGCUCCACAGAGCAGGCUGCAGGGAAUUGCAGGCGCUCAGCACCUCUGAAAGCUCUGCCAUAGGGUGCCCAAAUCUCCUGGGAGGGACCUCACUGCUGGCUGCCUGUGCUUGGAGGUGACUCGCCUGAAAACACACAGGGUAUCCAGGAGCUGCAGGGCUGUGGGAGGAUGCAGGCAGGAGGAUUGCUGUGACAGGCAGGAACAUGGUGCCACUUUCUUCUUGCAGUGGGGUAUCUGCGGCAGCCUGGAGCAGGUGGGAGGCUUCUCCUCCUGCUUCUCCUCCAGCCCCUGUGGGGACAAGCUUCCUGUGGUCCCACUCCUAUCCCAUGGCAGGGUGCAGGGCAUGCAUGGUCUGACAACAAUGUCAGUCCACCGGUGACACCUGUGUCCCCGGGCCAGCCCUUAGAGGAGAAAGUGCUCUCGGGGGCAGCUUUGGUCUCUGUGCUCCCCCAGGACUGCAGGCAAAGCCACGGCUGAAAUGCAGAGCUGUGCCUGGCAGCAGGGCAGUGGCUGCGGGGGGAGGAGGAGGAGUGGGCAAGGACACAUGUCCCCCAAGGACAGCCCUGGCUUGGAGCUGGCGAUGGGGACUGGUGUGGGGAUGGAGGCUUGCCACCUCCCCUACCUCCUGGGCUUGGCCCCAUUUCCAGCGUGUCUUGGCACCAUAUGGCGCUUGCUUUAUUUGUUCUGCUGCGACUUGGGAAGGAGGGCAGUGUUUCAUUGUCUGGCAGAGGAGGUGGGACGCAGGCACAGGAAUAUGCCCGUGUCCCGUGGGAUCACUGCCUGAGCCAGGCGCUCCACAUCUCGUCCGAGCUGCAGGUCGGUGUCCUCAUCCUUCCCAACAGAGGGGUUUCCCCGGAGAGUCUCUGCCGGAGAUUCACCCACCCACGUGGCGUCGGAGCUGAAGCAGCACCGCGUGUGCGGGUGCGUCCCGGUGCGGAGCACGACCGACCCGCCACGGGACGCUGCCCGUAGGAGGAAAACGUGGCAGCGCUGCUCCUGACUCAUUGCACAGGCAGGAAUCCUGCGACAGCGAUGCCGGGCUUGCCCAGCACCAAAAAGUGACAGCAUGCUCCACCCACCCCGGCUGCGGGAGCAGGAGCCUUCUCCGCAUGCCCGCGGUCUGGAGGAGCCCAUCCCGUGCCCAUCUCCCCGUCCUGCUCCGUGACACCCCAAAUCCCACCCGACCGCCUCGCCUGCCUCCCCGCGCUCCCCCGCCUCGCCUUUCCCUUCCCGCGGCUGCCCGGGGCUCCGCUCGCCCCGCGCAGCUCUGGGAUGGGGAGGAAGGGGAGGAAGGGGAGAAAGGCUGCUCGGAGGCUGAGGCCCAGCCCUCCCAGAUUUGCAUAUUUUUUACUGGCUCGGAAACAACACAUUUCUCCGGGGAAGCGAAUGCGUCGCCCGCUGUCCCCGAGGGUGCUGUGCGCUGGGACAGCAGCCGCCCUCCGUGAGGGGCCGCGGUCCCGGCACCCACCACUGCUCCACACGCCCGCGCUUCUCUGCUGCCGCAGGAAAAGCCUUUUCCUUGGUGGUUUCAGAAUUCACGGGUUUUAUGCUGCUGCUGCCCUGGGACUAGGUCCGGUCCCUCUCGGCUCACAGGAGUCCCGGAGGCGGCCGGGCUGCAGCCGCCUGCGCAAAUCUGCUCAUUUCUAUUUUGCCACUAGAAUUUCCAGCAUGUCCCUCCUCUCGUGUAUAAUUUAGUCGCAUGAAAAGGAACCGCGCGAGGAGGGGAAGAGGAUGGGGAAACUUGCAAAGUCAGCCAUGGAGAGGGAAUCUGUGUCAGGAAGCAUCACAAAGAGAGCCGGGGGAUUGGCUCCGGUCGCUUGCAGCGGCUCUGUGUGUGCCAGCCCCUCAGGAAUCGCCCGGCGGCUCCUUCCCUCCCUGCGUCCCUCUCGCCUUCCCUGCGCUGCGGCCGGGCUGGGACAGCCCAUCGCCGUUGCCAUGGCUGCGGUGUGCGGAGGGGGGGCUCGGCCGGCUGCCCCCGCCCGAGCAUCCCGCGCCUUCCUCCCCGCCCGCCCCAUCCGAUCCGCUCCGGCCCCGCCACGGCCGGAGCCGCGCCGUGGAUUUGACACCCGUGGGAUUAGACAGGGCUGUGCCCGCGGGAGGAGGAGAAGUAGAAGAGGAGGAGGAGGGAGCAGGGCAGCUCCGGGCUGGGCGGCCGCCAGCCGCCCCGGGGAGGGCCGGGAGGGCGGCGGGCAGGUAGGGCGGGCAGGGCGGGCGGUGCGAGGGGGGCCGGGGCCGCUCCCCAGGGAACGGGGGGGCCCCGGCGGGGCGGCGCGGGGCGCAGCUGAUCCCCGGCCGCAGCUGAUCCCCGCCGCCCCGCGCCAGCUGCCGCAGCGUGGGCGCAGCCGCGGUCCCGCGUGUCCCCGCCGGCACCGCGCACCCCGGCCCGGCCGAGCGUGGAGCCCCCGCGGCGGGGAGCGGCCGGUCCCGGUGUCCCUGCGCUGUGCGGGACCGGCGGCGGGAGGAACCUCUCGGAGGAGGAGGGAGCGGGGGCUGCUCCGUCCCCGCAGCCCGGACCGCUCAGCAGGGAGCGGCCGGAGCGGCUCCUGCCUGAGAAAGGGGGGCGGCGGGCAGCGGGGAGGGGGAGGCCCGCGCUGCGGGCAGCUGCCUCCAAUCCCGCCAGCUGCGGCCCCGGGAAUGGCCCUGCCCGGCCGUGCCCUCCCCGAGCUCUCCUUGGGGCGGCGGCUGCAGCCGGACACCGGCCUUGCCGCGAGGAGGUUCGGGGAGCGGCCGUGGGACCGAGCAUCUCCGGAGCCGGGACACCGGGCCCGCGGGUUCGGUUCUCUCAGCCCUCUCUGGGAACCACCCCCCGCACACCCACGGCUGCCGGGGACGGGCAGUGCGUGUCCCAGCGGGGCUGCAGCGGAGCGCGGUGUGUUCGCUGCCACGCACUCGGGAUAAGCGAGCAGCGGUUCCGCCGGGGCCGGGCAGCUCCCGUUCCCCCGGGGCGCACUGGGUCGCGGUGCUGUGUGGGGUCGGGGCGCAGCGAGCCCCGGCAGUCCUGCAGUGCAGGAGAGGGUGUCAUGGCCUCUGCGGUGCCACCAGGCUCCCGGUGCUCCCCCCUGUGCAGGCAGGAUGCAGGCAGGGUGCCUCCGUGCUCCCGAUUAGCAUCUUGUUUGGAGCCGAGGCAGCGGCUGUAAUCUGAUGCUCUCAAAGUUGGUGUUUACAAGGGACAUGGCAGCCAUCAGAGGCUCUUCUUGUUCUCCUGGUGAAAGCAUAUUCCUGUCUCCGCCGCGUGUGGCUGCUCCGUGUGCCAAGCACUGCCCGGGUCACACUGAGCAUCCUGCAGAAACACCUUAGGGGGUCAGAACCUCCAGAGCUGCUGUGCUGUCUGGCCAGCAGGGUCGGGGUCCCCACGCUGGGGGUUUUGGUGGGACACUGGGUUCAGACCCUCCGGUGCAGUCGGCACUUGGGGCCAGCCUGCUGUGGGUGCCUGCAAUGGCCGUGUGCCCUCAGGAGCCCACCUGCUGGACGGGGGGUGCUGGGAGGAGGGCGAGCUCGCUGCCCUCGGGACUCAUCAGUUCCCUAUUGACAAAUCCUUUCACUCCCGAGCAAGCAGAGCAGGACAGAGCCCGGCCCGAGGCUUCCCAACGCCACUCCAGCCCUGCAACUACUGCGUCCUUGCUGGGAGCCCACAGGGCACCCAUCUCCCCAGCUGGGGGGUGGUCUGGCAAGAUGCCUCCCACCUGAGCCCUGGCACUCCCCCAAGCUACCCCCACAACCCGAGCACCGGCAGCCCCACCCAACGGGGCUCAUCUCCAGAGGCAGGAAACGCCGCUGGCAUCUGUGCCCUCAUCUUUUCACCGGGGCUGCAAAUCGCAUCGGUCGCGGCACUCAGAGCCCGGUUCCAGUGCGGGUGCUCCAGCAGGGUCCGUGAGCUUUGGCACGGCUCCCACAGCACAGCAUGACACGGGACUGUGCCUGAUGAACAGAUGGCACCAGUGCAGCCACAGCCAGGUUUGGUGGCAGAGGAGAACCUGCUGCCCUGUAUCCGGGCUGCUGCAGGAGUAGGGACCCGCGCCCCGGCCCUGGGGAGGGCCCCAGGGAUGCCGUUUGCAGAAUGCUGCCUCCAAGGGCAGGCUCUGCUCCAGGCAGGUCUGGGAGAGCCGUGCGGGACCAGCAGCAAUAAAAGCUCCAUGAGCCCUUUGUGCUGCUCCAUGUCUGGGCAGCACUGCCUGUCACAGGGCAGCAGCGUCCCUGUUUGGGGGUUUUGUGUCCCUAGUCCAUGGGGGUCCUGAUGGGAGGAGAACACAGUUCAAAGCCAAACCAGCUGCAAUGGGGGAAGUGCUGAUGGGAGCUUGUGGGUGGGUGUGGGGACUGCAGCUACCUGGGCCAAGGCAGGAGGUUAUAAGGCAGGUUGGAAACCAGGGCACGUCAUGGCAGGGAGCAGCCUUGGGAGGGGAUGAGGCUGGAGCUGGAGCACACUGAGCUUGGAGGCCACAGCGAGCGAGCUGCAGUUAUUCACGGCGCCAUUAUUACAGCCACCCAUUUCCAACACCCUUGGCGAGGCGGGAGCACAAUGUGCUCCAAGGAAAUGGGAUUGUGGGUCCUGCCCCUUGGCCCGCUGCUCGCUGCACUGUGCAGAUGGAGCUGGCAGCUCCUCGGCUCCGCUGCCUGCAGGGAGAGCGAGAUGGCGGAGGGGAGGCAGGACUCGUCCUCACGGGCACAGGCAGAGCUCUGCGGGAGGGGACAGAGCUGGCGCCACGGGGGACAGAGACAGCGACAGGGAGAGGAGAAGCGAGGCAGCCCCGGGCUGGCCGCGGUGGCCACUCUCCCUAAUGAUCCCUGCCCCAGCCAGGAGUGCUUUCUCCUUCUUCCUGGAGUGGAAGGAGUGAUGGGCGCGUCACCUGCACGGGCUGGAUGUGUCACCUGCCAGCUGCUAUGGUUGACAGUGCUGCGCUUGCAUCUCCGUGUCCCACAGCUGUCCACGGCUGGCUUGGCUUUCCCCUCUGAUCUCUCUGCUCCUGGCUCAGAGGUUGGUUUCUAGGCAGAGCCUUAAAAACCACACGCAUACAAGUACUAAAAAAAGCAUAAUUUUAUUCAA